AAGAUUUGCUCCACACCAACUUUCCCUGGCUAUCCCCUUUUUCCUAUUUUCCUUUCUGUUUUUGAAACGUGACGCACCCAACUGCCACUACCCAUGCUUGCUUUUUAAGCUCUCCUCCUGGCGCUGCCUCUCGGCGCCAUCGUUCCCUCCUCUGCACCCCCCAUCCUCGGACAUCCUCGCCUGCAGCAGACCCUCCUCUGGUGCGCGUGCGCCACCGGCGAGAUGUCGAAGAAAAUCGUGGUGAAGCUGCACCUGCAGGACAACAAGGACAAGCAGAAGGCCAUGAAGGCUGUCUCGGCGCUCACCGGCCCAACCGUGUCCCCUGCUGGUUGUACGUGGUGUGCAGGCAUCGACGAGAUAUCCGCGGACAUGGCGUCGCACAAGAUGACGGUGGUCGGCAUGGUGGACCCCGUGAGCGUGGUGAGCAAGCUGCGCAAGGCGUCGUGGUCGGCGACCAUCGAGUCCGUCGGCCCGGCCAAGGAGCCGGAGAAGAAGGACGGGGAGGCAGCCAAGAAGGACGGCGGCGAGGGGGAGAAGAAGGAAGGCGGCGAGGGGGAGAAGAAGGAAGCAGGCGAGGGGGAGAAUAAGAAGGAAGCAGGCGGCGAGAAAGACAAGGACGGCAAGAAGGCGGCGCCGCCGACGGAGCAGCAGGUCCAGCUGGCCGAGCUGUUGAACCAGUAUUACCGGGCCUCCUCCUACUACCCGUACCCGCCCGUGGCCACGCACUACCACGUCCAGAGCAUGGAGGAGGACCCCAACUCCUGCACCGUCUGCUAAGGCGACUCAUGGCAUGGAGAAUGAUCUACGAAGGUGAAGAAGGUAGUGUUGAACCAGCAUGCAGUUUCUUUUUUUUUUUUUCACUUCUAGAUCGCGUUCUGGCUGCUCAUGGAGGAUACGCAGCGUGUCUGUAUGUACAGUACAUAUAGAAUAACACGUACGUACGUGUGGCGGUAUAUGUGUAAAUGGGACUUCGCUUUCUGGGAUAACCAGAGCUGUAUGUAGCUAAUACAGUUUUGGAUUUUAUACGAGUACUAUUGAUACA